GAUACAGACACGGUUGCGCCUGAGAGAGCAUUGCUCCUAUUGGUUGGAGGCCGCACCGCAUAGCUGUGCCUACGCACGGCAGAGGCGUGGCACCAGCGGACGUUGAAAAAUGGCUACUGUUUCUGAACUGAAAGCUGUUUUAAAGGACACCUUAGAAAAAAAGGGAGUGUUGGGACAUUUAAAAGCAAGGAUCCGUGCUGAAGUUUUCAAUGCCCUGGAUGAUGAUUGUGAACCCCGACCAUCGUUAUCUCAUGAAAACCUACUAAUUAAUGAAUUAAUUAGGGAGUAUUUGGAAUUCAACAACUAUAAGUACACAGCCUCUGUCCUCAUAGCAGAAUCUGGUCAACCUGCAGUUCCAUUGGACAGACAGUUUCUCAUCCAUGAAUUAAAUGCCUUUGAAGAAGCAAAGGAUAACUCAAUUCCUCUAUUAUAUGGAAUUUUAGCCCAUUUCUUGCGUGGUCCUCCAGAUGGCAUCCAGAAUGUACUUCUGGCAGAGUCAACACACCAACCUCCAAACAAGCAUCUCAGCUGGAAGCCCAGCAGAAGACCAAACGGUAACCACCUGAGGAAGGACAUGGGGCCAGGCACCAGGACUGAAGAGCUUCAUGCUGCUGCACAGGCAGUCAGUAGAUGAUGCACCAGGCUCUCUGACCUCAGCUGUGUAUGGAGUAACUAACUUAUUAUUCCCAAUACCAUCAAUUAGACCACCACUUUGUAAGCAUUUGAGGUUCUACAAACAUUCAGCUAUUCAUGUUUUACUGCAUCUGUGAAAAGCUAUCUGUCAUGUAGCUUCCUGGAUGCCACUGGGGGGAAAUAUAUUGUUUUCAGGAUGCAUUUUUAAAGUUCUUAAGUUUGUGAAAACUGAAAGGGCUUUUUAAUACUUUGUACUUUUUUUUAAGGCCAGCUAAGGGCUGUAGAUGUGCCUCCAGUAAAGCACACAUGCAAAGUCCUGGUUCACUCCUAGCUCUGAAAAAACAGAAACAAAAAACCCCCCCACAAGUACAGGGCUUCCAUAUGCUCUGUUCAUUAAACUUCUUCAGCAAAAAUUAUAUGGACCUGUGGGAAAAGUCAUUCAUGUUUUGAAAAUAAUAUCCAAAGUGGUAUUAAAACCAGAACUUAUUCCUAUAAAGUUUGAUUCUAAAAAAUAUCUGAAUUACUGUCUGCCCUGGCUAGUUUUUUGUCAACUUGACACAGCUAGAGUCAUUUGGGAAGAGGGCCUUUCAGUUGAGAAAAAUCCUUCCAUCAGAUUGGCUUAUGAGCAAGCCUGUAGUACUUUUUCUUACUUAAUGAUUGAUGUGGGAGGGUCUUACCCAUUGUGGGUGGUGUCACCCUUGGGCAGGUGGCCCUGAGUUCAGUAAGAAAGGAGGCUGAGCAAGCCAUGGGGAGCAAGUCAGUAAGUAGCACUCCUCUGUGGCCUCUGCAUUAGCUCCUGCCCUGACUUCUGUCAGUAAUGGUCUGUGAUAUGGAACUGCAAACUGAAAUAAACCCUCUCCCUUCCCAAA